AUGACGAGCAGCCGAGAUCGUCGAGUGGCCAAAGAGCUUCAAGACAUCCAGGCUGAUAGAGACAACUCCGGAGUCUACGCUUCGCCAGUCGACGGAGUCAACCUGAAGCACCUCAAAGGCACGAUUCCUGGGCCGCCCGAUACGCCGUACCAUGGAGGCACCUUCACGAUCGACAUUCAAAUCCCGGAUACCUACCCGUUUAAGUCGCCCUCGAUGAAGUUUGACACCAAGAUUUGGCACCCCAAUGUCAGCAGUCAGACAGGAGCCAUCUGCCUAGACACUCUCGGAACCGGCUGGUCGCCCGUUCAGACCAUAAAAACGGCCCUCCUCUCCAUCCGCAUGCUUCUCGAAGUUCCUAACCCCAAAGACCCGCAAGACGCCGAAGUUGCAUGCAUGCUCAUGCAACAGCCCGAGCAAUUUGCCCUCGUCGCCCAAGAAUGGGCCAUCAAACAUGCCGGCGCGCCGAAAAAAGAGCUCGAUCUUAGUAAAUACAAGGCCACCGUCACGCCAAGGGUUGAUGACAUAAACAGAUACAAAGGGUACAGCAGAGAUUUGGUAAACCGCUUUGUAAGUAUGGGCUUCGAUGUGGAUGCUGUAGUGGACGCUUUUCUCGUUGUGGGUAUCAACCGCAACAACGGACGGGACUAUGAACUUGAGGAGGCUUACGUGGGCGAUAUCACCGCUCGACUUCUGGGGGAUGAGUGA